AAUGCCAAGAAGGACAAAAACAUAUCCGCUUUUUUACGCAAAAUAUUGCAUUCAAGCACGUAUUUGUCUAACAUUGAGUUCGCACGUGUUCCGGUCAUCGGAAAGAAAGUUUCUCGAGAGGAACUUGUUUGCAAAACGUUUCUCACGCUACCAGCUAUGACGGUUUAUUGUAGGUUGCUAUGCUAUAGCGUCUCACUUUGUAACUGCAUGUUUUGGCAUUGAUGAAUGUUCUCAAGAAAUAAACAUUUAUGUACUUGGUAGCUUCACAUUUAUUCUGCGACAGGUUAUAAAAGCUUCAAAUUGCAAAAUAUAUUAAACAGUUCCAUCCGAAGCGCAUUCGUUGUUGCUGUUUGAGACCCGCGCACAAGGAUGCGAGGUGACAUCAUUCGGGUGUUGGGUGCAAUUACGCUGCUAACAGUGGCCAAUGUUUCGGCGUUCUCAAAUAACUCAAAUGCUAUAUACACUUGGGAGGGUGGCCGCAUCCAGUGGCCAUGUCCAACAACAAAACGACUGGUUAAGGCUGCUGCAAAGUACACUCCUAAGGAUAUCAUCGCAAUGGCUUGUGCACGAUGUGGAGAUAAGACCCUUUGUGCGAUGCCUCGAUACCAAAAUAGUAUCCCGAUAACCCUGGGACAAAUCUACGCUACGAAGAAGGGGUGCGACGUGAAGUUUGAACCGUUCCCUUGUUGGACUGAGCAGGAAGAGAACAACUGUAAUUCGCUACAGUCAGUAAUCGAUAUCUACGCAACUGGUGAUUAUGUGUGGGUCUUGGAUAAUGGAAUUCUUAACGCAUUACGAAGUCCAGUUCAAAAAUGUCUUGCAAAGGUAGUAGUAUAUGAGGUUAAAUCGGGCAAAAAGAUGAAGACCAUCAACCUAAGUCGAUACGUGACAGAAAAGUCUCGCCUGCAGUACAUGCAGGUUGAAUGCCUAAAAGGCGGUCAAUGCUUCGUGUACAUUAGCGAUGCUGGAAAUAAUGCAGUUAUUAUCUACGAUGUGUCUGGGGGUCGUGGCUAUCGCGUGGUUCUGCCGAAGGCUGUCCAUCAUGGUUGUCGCUUCCGAGAUGUGCUUUACAUUUUCUUAUCGUAUCACAAAGAUGGAACGAAACUCUAUUUCACCUAUCUUGGUGGACAACAUAUGUUUGCUAUACGAACUGAUCACUUACGAAAGGGUCAUGGUGGUAACAUAGAAGAUAUUGGAGAAAAGCCAGGGUCUUACAUCUACAUCGGCCCGGAUGGCGCAACGGGUGUAUUUUUCAGGGAGGAAGGUGACAGUAACGUUUACUUUUGGGAUACUAAACAGUGUCUGAAAAAGACCAACUUCAAACUGGUCUUCAAAAGCAGCGAUGGACUGUACGCAACGGAUGUGUUCCCAGACCAUGAAAUCAAUCGAUUUCUACUGCUGGAGUCAGAUUUUCCUGGUUACAUGGAAGGGAAGGCUGGAUGUGGCACAUUGCAUCAAAUAUCUCUGCUAGAUGGAACUAGUUAAA